UUCAGAUUGCCAAUGCAUGAACUCCAGUUCAGAGGCAAGAAUUCUUGAAGACUCUGCCUCUUGAAGAUAACCCCAUUGCCAAGGCAGUCCUGCAGAUCUGGACGAAGGCUUGAGGAAGAAGGUCUUCGCCUCUGUGUGACGAUCUUCUCUGAAAAGGGGAGGGCAGAGCUCAGAGCACAUCUGCAGGUUCAGUGCGUUAGAGAAAGUGUGUCAGAUUAACCUCGGGCGGGUGUGCAGGAUGGCUGCCUCACGCUGCUUUCUCCUUUCUGCUAUCUGUGCUCUGUGCGUGGCGACUCUGCCAGCGACCAGCGGACUGGAGGCCAUGCACGCAAACGCCUGGUAUCCGGGGGAAAUCAACGUGACUGCACGAGGAGCCGAUGUCCUCGUGUCUUUCUCUCUCGCCCCGGCGGAAUUCAACAUCCUGCAGUACGUCGUGUUUCACGGAGAAGUGAGGGAGGGACAGAGCAAGCCUGCGAAAGUCCAGGCCACUCGAGUGCUGGUCAGCCCUCUCAACAUCACUGGACAGACGGUGCUUCACAAUCUCAAGCCAGGGAGAACCUACAGCAUCAUGGUUGCAGCUGAUAUUGAGGAUGCUAUAAGGAAAGCAGUGAGUUUCACUUUUCCUGCAGCUACAGAUGAGAACAACGUGUUUGUGAACGGGACCAAAGAUAACUGCACCAGCUUAGAAGGUGUCUUGCCCUGGAUUGUGGGUUCUACUGGCCUCCUGAUUCUGCUACUGAUACUGAACACCGUGUUCUGGGCACUCAGCUACCACCGGGACCAGAGGUCGGCAUUGCUUCACGAGUCACCACUCGCCUACAGAGCGCCUCGGUGCCCCGCCACAUGCAAGCUGUCUGAUUCCUUUUGAUUAUCAUGAAUUCAUCCAUCCAUCCAGUUCCUAACCAUUUCAUCCAGUGCAGAGGAGCUGGAGCCACACUGGACUUCGCCAGGCAGAUACACGCACACACUCACCACUCUCACACCAGGGCCAGUUUUCCCAGAUGCCAGUUAGCCUGCCA